AUGGUGUGGCCAGUCCUGUACGCGUACUUUGGAAUCUUCGGCGCGGUGCUCUUCCUCCUCCUCUUCGGCGAGGCGGAGAUGUUCGAGGGCACGAUCGUGGAGAGGGCGCACUACUACAUGACCGAGGGCUGCUGCCUGUGCGGGAGCUUCGUCGCGAGGAGGGCGCUCGGGGAAGCGCGCGGGGUGCGGCUCGCGUCCGCGUGCGACGAGUGGCUGUGCAACCGCCCAAACCCCGCGAUGCAGCUCGUCUACCUCGCGCUCGUCAUGGGCGGGUACGCGGCGUACUGGACCAGCGUGUACGACCUCGUCGGGACGUUCGAUAAGCUCUCGAUACCGAUCCUGAUGUUUACGAGCAUCUCGACGUGGCUCGUCGUGUGCUGGUCCGACCCGGGGACGAUCACCGCGGAGAACUACGAGGCGAUGGCGGCCGCGUACCCGCACGACGAGACGCUGUUUCAUCCGAUCGUGUGCAAGACGCUAGGGGUGGUGGCGCCCGCGCGGUCCAAGUACUGCCGGGUCACGAAACGACGCAUCGCGCGGUUCGACCACUUCUGCGGGUGGAUGAACAACUCGAUCGGGGAGAAUAACUUGCGGUAUUUCGUGAGCUUCCUCGCGAUACACGUCGUCAUGUGCGCGUACGCGGGAACGGUGGCGUUGUCGUGCGUG